GAUGGUGAUGAGGAAAAUCCUGACAUGUUUUGGUUUUAAGUUCAUUUGAUCUGUUCCUGUCUUUAUGAUGCUUGUGGCCUCUGAUGGGACCAACCUGGUGAAAUGAUGAUGAAGAAGAACUCCACUCAGGUUCCAUAUUUCACUCUAGCUGCCUAUCUGGACAGCGGAGACAUGAAGUUCUUGUACUUCCUGGUUCUUCUGACUGUGUAUGUGCUGAUCGUUGGGGCCAACGUGUUCCUGAUCGUGGUGAUCUGCAUGAACAGGAGCCUUCAUGAGCCCAUGUACAUGUUCCUGCUCAGCCUGUUUGUCAAUGAGCUGUAUGGUAGUACAGGCUUGUUUCCAUUCCUGCUGGUCCAGAUCCUCUCUGACCUCCACACUGUUCCUGCUCCUCUCUGCUUCCUGCAGAUCUUCAUCGUUUAUUCGUACGGAGGGGUUGAGUAUCUGAGUUUAGCCGUCAUGUCUUACGACCGCUACGUGGCCGUCUGCUGUCCUCUGCACUAUAAAUCUCUGAUGACGGCUGAUAGAACGGCCGCGCUGAUCGUCCUGACGUGGUCGUAUCCUCUGGUUUUAAUCACAGUCAUGGUUUGUAUGACCUCGUCUCUGCAGCUCUGUGGAAACGUCAUUAAUAAGGUCUACUGUGAUAACUACUCAGUGGUGAAGCUGUCCUGCUCUGACGCUUUCGUCAACAACAUCUACGGACUCAUCACCACGUUCUGCACCAUCAUUUUCCCUUUAGUCCUGAUCAUCUUCACCUACGUAAAGAUCUUCAGAGUGUGUCUACACGGCAGCAAACAGACCCGACAGAAGGCCGUCAGCACCUGCACGCCUCACCUGGCCGUCCUCCUCAACUUCUCCUUCGGGGCGUGCUUCGAGACGCUGCAGAGCAGGUUUGACAUGAGCAGAGUUCCCGCCGUGCUGCGGAUCUUCCUGUCGCUGUACUCGGUGGCCAGCCUGCCGCUCUUCAACCCUCUGAUGUACGGACUCAACGUGUCCAAGAUCCGCCUCGGGGCUCGCAGUCUCAUCUCCACCAUGUUCUCUGAGGGUCGGCAGAAGAUUCAGGCUUUACAGAGCCUCUUUAGAACUCACAGAAAACGUUAG